UGCAUAUGCUUUUCCUGUUUUGUCUCCUUACUGUAAUGUUAUCGACACAGGCGACUUGAAGCGGGCCGGACAAAAUGACUAUUGUCGGAUACCUGUUUGGGUUACCACAGCAAUUCUUCGCUUCCGCUUCUGCACUAGGCGAGACAACCCAGGAGGCAUCAGCAUCGCAGGCCUCUCAGCAGCUUCCCGUCACCACCACACCCUCAUCGCCAGCCCGGCCAGCUUGGCGUGAAAGCGGCGCCGUAUGCCUCACCUGCGGCAUCGGCGUUGGUUGCCCAGGGUUCUCAUCGCCGACAGAGCAGCGUGAGCACUUCAAAACGGACUGGCACCGGUACAAUGUGAAGCGCCGCUUGGUGAAGCAGCCUGCGAUCAGCGAGGAACAGUUCGAGCGGAUCCUGGAGCAGGACACCGAGGUGUCCAUUUCGGGAUCCGAGUCAGGCUCAUCCGAGGAUGAUGGCCUGGAUGUGGAAGACGGCGAGGGUGGCAGAGGGGAUGGUCUGGGGAUGGCUGAUGCCGGUCAUGGGCGCAAAGGCACACAGGCAGCCGCCAGCACCAUCCCCCGGGUGACCUUCCAGGCAGCAGACGGCUCUCUGUUUACGGUGUGGCGGUGCCUGCUGCGCCAGGACCACGUCAAGGCGCCACAGGGCCAGCCGUCGUCCCCGGGGGAGCUGCUGGGGGAGCUGCGGCGGCUGCGGGCCGCUUGUGGCUCGUGGAUGGUGGUGCUGCUGCGCGGCGGCCACUUCGCGGCGACCGUGUUCAAGGCCCGCGAGGCGCGCCCGCUCAACAGCGCCAAACACGACACUGACGGGCUAGACUGCUUUGACGUAACAGCCCACAAGACCUUCCACCGCUACGUAGUACGCGCCAAGGCGGGUGGCAAGCAGUCCACCAAGGAUGCCACAGGCAAAUAUGCUAGGUCGGCUGGAUCUCGUCUGCGCCGGUACAAUGAGGCCGCCCUGGUGCGCGACAUCCAGGAGCUGCUGGCAAGUUGGGCAAAUCAUGUGGAGUCUGCAGACCUCAUCUUCGUGCACGCGCCCGCCUCCAACGCGCGUUCCUUGUUUAGCGAGGGGCAGACGACGCUGCUGCCUUCCAAUCCGCGUCUGCGCCGCGUGCCAUUCGUAACACACCGGCCAACGUUCUCCGAAACCAAGCGCGUGCUGCGGCUGCUAUGUGCGGUGUUCCGACCGGAUGCGGUGGAGCAGCUACUGCAGGCGCAGCGCUCGGCGCACGCGGAGAAAGAGGCCGAGGCCGCAGCAGCGGCAGCAGCGGGGGCGCUCGAGGCUGCAAAACUAGGGUCAACGGCAGCGGUUGACAACACAGGACCGUCGACGUCUGGCACCUCGACAGGGCCCCAUAAAGAGGAACAGCCGCAGCACGGAGCCGCAGAGGCGGCAGCAGCCUCAACAGGCACUGCUGCUGCUGGUGGUAAUAUUGCGACAGAGGGGCCGCUCCAUAAGGCCGCCAAGGCAGGGGACGCGCCGCGUGUACAACGAUUAUUGGACUCUGGACACGACCCAAGCAUACGGGACGCCAAGGGCCGUACGCCGUACGCCCUGGCGGCCGACAAGGACACGAGGGACGUGUUCCGGCGGUUCAUGGCACAGAAUAUGGACAGGUGGAACUACGCUGCGGCCGGGAUACCUUCGCCAUUGACAGAGGAGAUGGAGGCGGCGCAGCAGGCCAAGAAGGCAGCGCAUAAGGCGAAGCUCAAGGCGAAGGACGCCGAGCGCAAGGCCGCCAAGGCGGCCGCAGGCGGGGGAGCAGGCAGCACGGGGCGAACGGAGUCAGCGGAAGAGCGCAAGCAGGCGUUGGAGGAUGAGAUUGCGAAGGCAGCGGCGGAGGCGGAGGCCAUCGCUGCGAGGCUGACUGCAUCCGCAAAGGCAGCAACGUCUUCGUCUGUGAGGGCCGCCGCCAGUAGCUCUGGAAGCGGCAAGCUUUCGGACGCGGACAACGGCCACAGCGGAGGCAUCAAUGACUGGAGAAAGUGCAAUAGCGCGAAGUACAGCACCUGA